GCACUGGCAGGAGAAAGUAGAAGACGCGGUCUUGUGUGCGGCCGCAUUUCCAUUUUCUGUGAAGAGCUGAGCGAAAUGGAAAGAAGGGGCGCUGCAUUUUUAGCACUAUGCUGAGAUCCCAGGCAGCAUUCUCACCAUGCUGGAACUCGGCUCCCGUUCGGUCAGUAAUCAUUCUCUGACAGGGGACCACAAUGCUUUGGGGCUACCUGCGGCCCCUGCAGGACCAGAGUGUCCAGUGGGUGGUCUGGGCAUGGUGGCGAUUUGUGGAAACAGUAGGCACCACAUCCACCACCCAUCCCCGGUGGAUUGUGAGAGUUGGCAGAAGCAUCGUACUGGACUGGCCAGAGGGUGUUCUGAGUCCCACUCUCUCCUUGAGGCCCAAAGUCUCUCAACCAGCUAUGACACCCUCUACCUCCCACAUUUGUCGGGCCAAGUUCGCCCUCUGAACCCGAACCGCCUUGGCCUCUCUCUUGAUGUGGCCUCGACUUUUGACGUCGGAGGGGGGAUGCUGGGGGUGGAUGGCGACAUGGUAGUCAGUCCCAAUGUGAUGAAGAGACGACGUGGCGGCCUGAUUGAGCAGAAGGACAUUGUAAAGGCGCACCAGGCUCACAAGAUACACAGCACGCCACAGGCACGGCGCAAGGAGUGGGAAAUGGCCCGGUUUGGAGACGACGUCCCGGGCUUGUUAAGCUCAGGGGAUGGAGGGUCCGAGCGCAACCGGAACCGCGAUGGCGCGGCCGUGUCCACAGGUGGCAUCUCCCCAGCAUUCAAGCAGACCAAAGCGCAGCGUGCCCGCACAAUGGCCUUGUACAACCCCAUCCCUGUCAGGGAGAACUGCUUCACCGUCAACAGGUCCCUCUUCAUCUUUGGCGAGGACAACAUAGUCAGGAAGUACGCCAAGAAAAUCACUGAGUGGCCGCCGUUCGAGUACAUGAUCCUCGCCACCAUAAUUGCCAACUGUAUUGUUUUGGCUCUGGAGCAGCACCUUCCUGGAGAGGACAAAACACCCAUGUCCAAGAGACUGGAGAAGACGGAGCCCUACUUCAUUGGGAUGUUCUGUUUCGAGGCUGGGAUAAAGAUCAUCGCCCUGGGUUUUGUUUUUCAUAAAGGAUCCUACCUUAGGAAUGGCUGGAACGUCAUGGACUUCAUUGUUGUCCUCAGUGGGAUCCUGGCUGCAGCAGGGGCGCAUAUGAACAUCUCAGUGGACCUCAGGACUUUGAGGGCAGUGCGAGUGCUUCGACCCCUCAAACUGGUUUCAGGCAUCCCCAGUCUGCAGAUUGUCUUGAAGUCUAUAAUGAAGGCCAUGGUCCCUCUGCUGCAGAUCGGCUUGCUCCUGUUUUUUGCAAUCCUCAUGUUCGCAAUCAUCGGCCUGGAGUUUUACAGCGGAAAACUGCACUCCACCUGCAAACCACAGCCUGGAAUACUCGUAAAUGAGACGGUGGACUCCUCUGAGUUUGAAUUCCCGUGUGGCGUGCGUCACUGUCCAGCCAAAUACACCUGCCGCGAUACUUGGAUUGGCCCAAACGAUGGCAUCACCCAGUUCGACAACAUUCUGUUUGCUGUUCUCACUGUCUUCCAGUGCAUCACCAUGGAGGGAUGGACCACUGUGCUCUACAAUGCUGACGAUGCCUUGGGCCCGAGCUGGAAUUGGCUCUACUUCAUCCCGCUCAUUAUCAUCGGCUCUUUUUUUGUCCUGAACCUGGUGCUGGGAGUUCUCUCCGGGGAAUUUGCCAAAGAAAGAGAGAGGGUGGAGAACCGCAGGGCCUUUAUGAAACUGAGACGCCAACAGCAGAUUGAGAGAGAGCUCAAUGGAUACCGGGCCUGGAUCGACAGAGCAGAGGAGGUGAUGCUUGCUGAGGAGAAUAAGAAUCCUGGACCCUCCGCUCUCGAUGCUCUCAGGAGGCUCCCAGAGUGGAGUACAGGUGGUGUCUAUGUGUUGAAGAGAGCCACUACCAUCAAGAGGAGAGGCCUGGAUGUGGUGCAUCGUGGGCAAGCAGGGGAGGAACAAUAUGGUGACAUCUCCUCUGUAGGCAUCCCGAUGGCCAGAGCAAGUAUCAGGAGUGCCAAGCGAGGUCCUACAGCCUAUUUCCGCCGCAAGGAGCGCCUCCUGCGUAUCUCCAUCCGCCGCGUGGUGAAGACGCACACUUUCUACUGGACCGUGCUUGGCCUUGUGGCCCUAAACACGCUAUGCGUGGCCAUCGUUCAUCACAACCAGCCUCUCUGGCUGUCCAACUUCCUCUACUAUGCAGAGUUCCUGUUCCUCGCUCUGUUCCUGACCGAGAUGUUCCUGAAGAUGUACAGCUUGGGACCGCGGCUCUACUUCCACUCUUCCUUUAACUGCUUUGACUGCAGUGUAAUUGUUGGCAGCAUCUUUGAAGUGCUGUGGGGUUUCUUCAGGCCUGGCACUUCGUUUGGCAUCAGUGUCCUUCGUGCACUCCGUCUGCUGAGGAUCUUCAAGAUUACUAAGUACUGGGCGUCUCUGAGGAACCUGGUCGUGUCUCUGAUGAACUCCAUGAAGUCCAUCAUCUCUCUCAUUUUCCUUCUCUUCCUCUUCAUCGUUGUGUUCGCACUCCUCGGCAUGCAGCUCUUUGGUGGCAGGUUCAUCUUUGAAGACUAUACCCCAACAAACUUUGACACCUUCCCUGCAGCCAUCAUGACCGUCUUUCAGAUCCUGACUGGAGAGGACUGGAAUGAGGUUAUGUACAAUGGUAUUCGCUCUCAAGGAGGAGUCAAGUCUGGCAUGUGGUCCUCCAUCUACUUUAUAGUGCUCACUUUGUUUGGAAACUACACUCUGUUGAACGUCUUCUUGGCCAUUGCUGUGGAUAAUCUUGCCAAUGCGCAAGAACUUACCAAGGAUGAAGAGGAAGCAGAGGCAGCUUUCAACCAGAAACAUGCUCUCCAGAAAGCCAAGGAAGUCGGACCGUUGUCCUCCUUUAUGUCUUCAGAGGGAAGCCGAAGGCGGCGGCCCUACCUGUACAGAAAAAGAGCCAUCCACCGCAGCCGGCCUACCUACUCCUGCUCCCUGGAGGAGAACCCGGGGAGCAUCAGGGAGGGCCGUCCACUCCCACCACUCAACCCCUCUAACUCUUUCAUGUCUAGGAGAGAGAGAAGAAAAAGGAUGACUAUGUCAGUGUGGGAGCAGAGGACCAGCCAGCUGCGCAGACACCGCCAGAUGUCCAGCCGAGAGGUCCUAUACAGCACCCCCAGCGAGGACAGGGAUGGUUCUCCUGCUCCAGCCCAGGCCCUACAUGGACAUCCACUGUCCCUGCACUGCAAGACCGUGCAGCAAACGCCGUCUGGGAGCUUGAAACGCCUGACAGAUCCCUCAGCAUCCCCAUCCAAGAACCAGGCUGUAGGCUCAACUGUGCCUGUGGACACACCUCUGGGUGCCACGCUGUCUGGCGAAAUACCAGAACCCCCAGAGUCAACGGAUCCCAAAAAAGUUCCUCUGCCUGAUGUGACUGUGGCUGUGACCAUACCAGAGCCACCUGAAUCUGAGUCUGUCUCUGAGAGUGGAAAACUCGCUGUCAGCCAGAGUCACAACAGCAUCAGCGAGCGUCAAAGCCCACGGUUGAAUGGCGAUCGCCAACAUAGGGCAGUGAAGAAGUUCAGACCCCCGGAUAACGUUGACACACUGACUCCUGAGAUUGGAGGUUUUGCUGGGAUCAGGGACAGGAGGUUACAGCAACACUGCGACCAUAAGAGAGGAGCCAGAAGUCAGGGAAGAUCUACCGGGAACGAAGUCCAUUUGGCAAGCCGCUCGACCAGCAGAGAGAGGAAGAAAAACCCAGGGAAGCUCGAAGAGGACGAGGUGGAGACCAAAACAGAGGUGGUGUCCAAACCUGAGGACAGCAGACAAGGUGAUCAGAGUGAAGAAGGGGACACAAAACCACCAAACAAUCAAAGCCACACUGAUAACCCUUGUCCUACGAAGCAAGAGGAGGUUCCUCAGCACUCAGACUUGUCCCCUCCUGCCAUUUCUGAGGACAAUAAAGACGACAAGAAUCCGGAGCAGGAUCAGGACAAACCUCAGCUCAGCUCCAGUGUGAUCAUUGAGGUGCCAAGUGUGCAGUCAUGUCUGGAGCUUUCCACGAUCACAGUCAACAGUAAAGACCACGAAAUCUGUAAGUCAGAGAAGGAGGAGGCAGAGGUAACAAAUCCUGUCAACACUGUGACUCCAAACAGCAUGUUCAUCUUCAAACCUGACAACCCUGUUCGCCGAGCUUGUCACUAUGUAGUGAACCUGCGAUACUUUGAGAUGUCCAUCCUGCUGGUCAUUGCUGCUAGUAGUAUAGCACUUGCUGCUGAAGACCCUGUGGCUGCCUCCUCUGACUGGAAUAAGGUUCUGCGUUACUUUGAUUAUGUUUUCACUGGAGUCUUCACAUUUGAGAUGAUCAUUAAGAUGAUUGACCAGGGUCUGAUCCUGCAUGAUGGCUCCUAUUUCAGGGAUCUGUGGAACAUCCUAGACUUUAUUGUCGUGGUGGGAGCACUGGUGGCCUUUGCCCUCACCAAUGUUUUGGGAAAUAACAAAGGACGGGACAUUAAAACCAUCAAAUCUCUGAGGGUGCUGCGUGUCCUCAGACCACUGAAGACUAUUAAGAGACUUCCUAAACUCAAGGCAGUUUUUGACUGCGUGGUGACAUCUCUGAAGAAUGUCUUCAACAUCCUGAUAGUUUACAAACUUUUCAUGUUCAUCUUUGCCGUCAUUGCUGUGCAGCUCUUCAAGGGAAAGUUUUUCUACUGUACUGACAGUUCGAAGGACACAGAGAAAGACUGCCAGGGUUACUACAUUGACUACGGGAAAGACAAGAAAGAGGUGAAGCGAAGAGAAUGGAAGAGGCACGAGUUUCACUAUGACAACGUCAUCUGGGCCCUUCUCACCCUCUUCACUGUUUCCACUGGAGAAGGAUGGCCACAGGUCCUGCAGCAUUCAGUGGAUGUGACUGAGGAGGACAGAGGGCCCAGCCAUGGCAACAGGAUGGAGAUGUCGAUUUUCUACGUCAUUUACUUUGUUGUCUUUCCUUUCUUUUUUGUCAAUAUCUUUGUGGCUCUCAUCAUCAUCACCUUCCAGGAACAGGGGGAUAAGAUGAUGGAGGAGUGCAGCCUGGAGAAGAAUGAGAGGGCCUGCAUUGACUUUGCCAUCGGCGCCAAACCACUGACCCGUUACAUGCCGCAGAACCGUCACACCCUCCAGUACCGUCUGUGGCAUUUUGUGGUGUCGCCCUCUUUUGAGUACACUGUCCUGACCAUGAUCGCGCUCAACACGAUUGUACUGAUGAUGAAGUAUUACUCUGCUCCACCGGCAUACGAGGCGGUGCUGAAGCAUCUGAACACAGCUUUCACUGUCCUCUUCUCUGUUGAGUGCAUCCUCAAGAUCAUGGCAUUUGGGUUUCUGAAUUAUUUUCGAGACACGUGGAACAUUUUUGACUUUAUCACCGUCUUGGGCAGCAUUACUGAGAUUGUGGUCGACCUGCAGUUUGUUGAUACAUUCAACAUGAGUUUCCUGAAACUGUUCCGGGCUGCUCGUCUGAUCAAACUGCUGAGACAAGGCUACACCAUCCGGAUUCUUCUGUGGACAUUCGUACAGUCUUUCAAAGCCUUGCCCUAUGUCUGCCUGCUCAUCGCCAUGCUCUUCUUCAUCUACGCCAUAAUUGGCAUGCAGGUCUUUGGAAACAUAAAGUUGAACGAGCAGACGCACAUUAACCAGCACAACAACUUCAAGAGCUUCAGUGGCGCUCUGAUGCUGCUGUUCAGGAGUGCCACAGGGGAGUCAUGGCAGGAGAUCAUGUUGUCGUGUCUGGGGGGACAGCAGUGUGAGACGGACCCCUCUCUUACAUCAGAGCCGGAGGGAGGCUGUGGCUCGGACUUUGCCUAUUUCUACUUUGUCUCCUUCAUCUUCUUCAGUUCCUUCCUGAUGCUGAACCUCUUCGUGGCUGUGAUCAUGGAUAACUUUGAGUAUCUGACGAGAGACUCCUCCAUCCUGGGCCCUCACCACCUGGAUGAGUUUGUGCGGAUCUGGGGGGAGUAUGACCGUGCUGCCUGUGGUCGUAUCCAUUAUACAGACAUGUAUGAGAUGUUGACCAACAUGUCGCCACCUCUUGGCCUGGGCAAGAAAUGCCCCUCCAAGGUGGCAUAUAAGAGAUUAGUCCUGAUGAACAUGCCCGUGGACGAUGACAUGUCUGUCCACUUCACCUCCACCCUCAUGGCCCUCAUCCGCACUGCUCUGGAAGUCAAGAUAGCCAGAGGCGGAGAAGAUAGAAAUCAGAUGGACCUGGACCUGCAGAAGGAGAUCAGUAUCAUCUGGCCUCAUCUCUCUCAGAAGGCGCUGGACCUGCUGGUUCCUAUUCAUAAAGCCAGUGACAUGACCAUAGGGAAGAUCUACGCUGCCAUGAUGAUCAUGGACUAUUACAAGCAGAGCAAAGCUAAGAAGCUGCGACAGCAACUAGAGGAACAGAAACAUGCUCCUAUGUUCCAGCGUAUGGAUGCUUCCUCUCUGCCUCAAGAAAUCCUAUGCAAUGCCAAAUCGUUCCUUAGACACAAUCCUGGAUCUGCCCUCACCAGAGGUGGCUUUGUGGCGCUCAGCCCCAUUUCCCCCCAAGAGAUGUUUCUGCAGCCGCUGCCUCACUCUAUGGAGAAGGAGGAGGAGGAGGUUGAUGAUGACUACCGUUCACCAUACCACCCCUACCACCACCCGCAUCGUCUCCAUCGACACCAUUUACACACACUGGCGCCAGAUGUAGUGGAGUUUAACCAAGUGAUUCAAGAGGCCGGGAAGGACCCAACAGUUCUUAAAACACCUCAGCGGACAGCAUCUAUCAGAGCAUCCUCCAUGCCCAGACUGGCUGUUGAUCCACAGCUGGGGAUGUCAGCGGAUAGUAAGCUAAUGAAGCGCUCCUUCUCCACCAUCGGUGACCAGUGUGUGAACGGCCUGUGGCAGGAACAACACUCUCUGGAGAGAGUCAGUCCUGAUGACACAUACAGACCCCGGCAGAGGAGCUACAGAGGCCCAAGAAUCAACCACAAAGAGACAGUUAUUCAUGAGAGAGGGCGAUCUAAGGAACGGCGCCACCUACUCUCUCCUGACGUGUCACGCUGCAACUCUGAGGAGCGGAGCCAAGAUGCUUCAUGUGAGAGGAGACGGUCCCGCUCACCUAGUGAAGGACGUACUCACAACCUACAGAGACAGGUCAACCCAUCAGGCAGCCCAGCUCACACAGCCUCAGAGUCUGGUACUCCUCGUAAUCGACGCCAGUUGCCCCAGACACCCUCUCGCCCGAGGCCUUACAUCUCCUACUCCCCUCUGGUUUGCCAAGCCCAAAGCUCUCCCACACCAGUAACCUCGUCUGAGGCACAGACACAGGCUCAGGAUGGACCUGUCACUGCCACAGAUUCCUCACGGAGAGCUGACAAGGAGGCGAUCCCCCUAUCUGCAAGCCAAGGGUCAUCCGUAGGUCAAGUUUUAGCAAUGAGCCACCCAUCUCCUCACCGCUACAUCUCAGAGCCCUACCUUCCCUACCAUGAAGACCUUGGGGCUGGCGAGGCGGGUGAUCGGCAGGAGACCCUCACUUUUGAGACUGCCGUGGCAACCUGCCUGGGACGAGCCAACGCCAUAAACUCUGCCCCUCAGCUCAGACACUCCUGGCAGGUUCCUAAUGGGCAUUUCCAGAAGCACAUGGGCCAGGUGAGUCCGUCUGGAGCCAGCGAGUUGCUAAGUGACACAGAUGAGGACGACCGCUGCUAAAAUGUACAGGACAGACGUGAGAAGACUUGUCACCUCAGAGGCUGUAGCUCCUGUGCAGCUCUGAUAGCUCGUAUUCUCAGCACCAAUAGCAUAAGAGGCAGGACUGAGCAACACUGCUGUUUAUCUGGAUACCUGGCUGUGUGUCUCUCUCUGCAUCCUGCCCUUGCUUGUGUGUCUGUCAUGGUUAGAGGGAGAGUAUGUGUGUUAUUGUGUGUAUGCUCUUAAUAGAGGAAAAUUUGCCAAAUCGGAUGAGUAGCAGAGACUUAAAGUACCAUGAGUAGCUCACUGAAGGCAAACCCACAUGGCCAAGCCUUUAGUGUUAGUGUUUUGAUCAAAUGUGGUGAGAUGUUGGUCCAAGGAGUCCAAUUUUCUUGUUCAAGAAAGUGAUUUAAGUGCAUUUUGUGUAGGUACAGUACACCAUGUGCAGUACUGUGCAAAAGUGUCAGAGCAUCAGCAGCUUCGUCAGUUUAUGUGAUCAUUGGCCUUUGGAUUUGAAUAAUGUGACUGACAUAGACCUUUUUCACAGCAGAUAUUUUUCAACAUAAAAUAGUAGGACAAAUUUAAGUUAAUUAAGGCUCCACUCCAGCUUUAAGGGAGCCAGGGUCAAGUGUAAGGUUAGGUCACACUAAAUACUUUGUGUGCUAAAAACUGUAGUACCUGUUUUUUUGUUGUUUUUGAAAAAGUGAUUGAGAAAUAAUUAUACUGUAUGGUCAUUGUAGCGUUGCUAAAACAGCACAUCUAAUGGUGAUUUUUGCACAGUACUGUACAAAUGUAACAUUGAAUGUAUGUCAGCUUGUUUUUUCUUAUGUUCAGGCCAUUUGAGGUGUUAGCUGUCAGGUUUAACUGUGCGUACGUGCAACUGUAGCAAUGAAACGAGGGUUGUUUUAGCCGGAUUCUAACGGACAACCAGCCAUUCCCAAGAAUUCAUGUUUACAAAACAAUAUCCUCACUGUUUGUGGACUUAAUGUGAGCUAAAUCUCCAUCCAGUGAUAGUCUAAAUAUUUUUCUGCCCUUUUGUAAAAACACAUUAAUAAGCACCGUACACGGACAUGUGUUGACAGAUGUUGAGCAGAGUGACAGAUGUUUUGUCUCAGGUACUAUAUCGGUUUUGUAACAUAUUAACCGGAAACCUUAAGAUGUUGUUCUUGGGCCUAAAACUCUGCGUGUCAGACACUGUCAGACACACACUGUCGUCCAUCUCUGCUGUGUCUGCGGACUGUAAUAGAUCACCGUAGGGCAGAGUGGGUGAAGCCAAACUCUUGCUUGUUCUCCACAUUGAUGUGCUGGAAAACCAUCUGCUUCUGUUGUGUCAAAGAGGCGGCUGAAGCCAUUUUGUUCCUGUACAUAGAGCCGAGGAUGUGUCUUCUCCUGGGAUGUUCCUUUCUCAUGAAUAACUGAUGAGGAAUUCAAUGUAUUUUACUCAUGUCAUGCAACUGAAUUCAACAAUAAGGAUGCGUUUGCAGAAGAAGAACCGCGGUAUGGUUUUGUGUCUAACUGCCAAACUGUUUCUGUCACACUGAAGUCUAUAUGUUUUGGUUCGUAGAAAACAAGCAUUGUGGUAUUCCCUGUGCUCCAGUGUUAUGGUAAAGUUCCACAUGCAUGAUCAUGGUGACGAGGACAAUGGGACACGUGUGAGAGAUGAGUCUGGUGAUUCUUGACGUAGUGUCUCCAUUACGUUUUAAUGCGAUUCAUUUCACCAUUUAAGUAAACAAACAGUGACAUGUUUAUACCUCCCAAUUUCCAGCUCACACCAUCAGUAUCUGCAAACACACUGUUGCCCCUGAAUAAGAUGUAUAUUUAUAUCAUGUGUUGUUGAGUUGUUCCAAUGUGUUGAGUUUGACAUGUUUUCUAAAAUGUGAACACAGGACAUAUGGAUAGGUGACAAAGGAAAAAAAUAAAGAUGUAUUAUAGAAGAGAAGUGUGUUGACGUCAAAGGUCUCUUCAUACAGGUCAGGUUGAGGCUUCAGCCUGUAGUUUAUAGGACUUUGCUUUACAUGUACAGUGCAGCCUAGGACUUGAACUCAACGUCCUUCUGUACAGAACAGCCUAAUCUGUGCCUGGGGACGCUCGCCCAAAGAGUGACCCAUCACGCCUGGAUUUGCUAGAUAGAGAUGCUUUCUGGAACAUUAUGUAGAAUAAACUGUACAAAAUAAAUCCAUGUUUAAUUGAUCGCACUGUUUACAUUUUUAUUUCCAUCGCAAUGUCUGUGUUUGACUUUUAACAGAAGAAGUGUUAACAUAAACUGUUCUAAGGACCAUUAAAGAGACGUUGUUGCUCUUCA